UUAUUUUAAUGUAGAUCAGUAGGUUCAUGCACUUUAGGAAACAAAGAAGGACAACAAAGUAUUCUCUGGGUGUAGAGUACUAUUAAAUAAGAUCAGCACCACAAUGCCAGUUAGAUCACGCGUUAAACGUAAAAGUGGAAAAAGAAAGAAGUCCAAGAUUUUGAAGACUAAAAAGUUAAAAAAACACAAAAAGGUCAAACCUGCAAAGCUUAAACCAAAAGGAAAAAAAGACGCUAUCAAACCUGAAAAAUCAACCAAGCAUCUAGUCGUAAAAGAUAAUGGAAAGACGUCAUAUAGAAAGAGAUCAGGCGUAUUACCUCAACACAAUUUAGAAACAAUUAAUAGUAUCAAAAGCCUAUCAACUUUAAUCUUUAAUUGUUUUCUACGUGAAAGCCAGGUGUCUACACUAAAAAUGACAAAGUUUCAAACUGGUCCAAAUUUUAAAUCCGACACACUCUUCAGCACAAACACAUUUUCAAUUGAGCUCGCAAAAGUUUUAAGAGAAACGCUUAGUGACGAAAAAUUCGAUCAGUCAGAAAGCAUUAAUUUAAAAUGCCAUAAGUUAGGCAGAAAUAGAGAAGAUUAUACAAAACAAUCUUAUAACACAGGCAAAGAAAUAGAAACUAUAAUUAAAUAUCGCAACAUACAAUCGACACUUCUUUACAUAGUUGACAAGAUACCAGUGCAUCCAUCACGUGUUGAGGGUAUCCUUUGGUCACGGCUUAAUGACGAAAAAUGGAGGUUGUAUACUUUCUUCAAAUACCCACAAAACGCUGCCAAAUCUGCCAUUUUAUUAGCAACUGAAGGCUUUGUUUACCUGGGAAGUGGUACAGAUUUAGAUGACAUUGUCAUGUGUCACUUCUGCUACAAAGUUAAAAAUAGAUGGCAACCUUUGGAUGAUAUUCCUGAAGUACAUAAACAGUUGUCUCCCGAUUGUUCGAUGGUGACUCAAAUUAAUUGCUCCAACAUCUCAGUGAAUACAAACUUGGAUUGCUCUCUUUUUGAACAACUAAAUCCAAAGCAAAGCAGAAAUAGACCAGUAGACACUAGACAUAAUGAAAUAGAAACUGGUGAAGCUUUAGAGAACUAUAAGAACCCAGGUGAAAAUAUUGAACCAGACGGCACCACCCUUCCAAGGGAAAGAUAUAAUAAUAAUUAUACGCAGAUAACAAGCAGUUCCGAACAGUCGACACCAACUAGAGAAAUCCCAGCAGAUACAGCAUCACAAAGUGAGACUUCAGGAGCAUCUCCUGGAGUAGCAACCACAACAAGUUCAGCUAGUUCUAAUUUGACAUCCUCUAACUCUACUCCAUCCCUGCAUAUAACCUCAGCGACUGCUUCUAACACAUCCACAACUGUCUUUACAAGUCAAACAAGUAUUGCAGCAGGUCCUAGUUUACCUGCUACAUCAACACCAGACCCACCAGAAGUUGUAACUCAAACAGUGCCAGCCAAUAGCCACAACUCUGCCAAAGGAAAUACAGGUGGACCAACGUAUUCUGAGCUUGGCAUUGUAACAGAACGCCCUAAAAGAUUUGAAUAUGCAGUUCUUGCUAAACGAAUGGAGACAUUUUUAUCCUGGCCAAGAGAUCAUCAUUUGAGACCCAAAGAACUUGCAGAAGCUGGAUUCUAUUAUGCAGGUUAUGGAGACUGCGCUCGCUGCUUCUACUGUGGUGGAGGUUUACGCAACUGGGAAGAUGAAGACGAUGUCUGGGUGGAACAUGCCAGGUGGUUUCCUAAAUGUGCUUACAUCCGUCAGCAAAUGGGACAAGUAUUUGUGGACACCAUUCAAGAUAUGAACAAAAGUUUUGACCAUAUCUCAAUGAAAAUGGUGAUGGAUAAAAUUGGAGACGCAGCCUCGGCUUUUCAACUUGAUUCCAAAGACAGCCCAUUAAAAAGAGACCCAGCUGUUAAGACCGUUGUGGACAUGGGAUAUCCGUUGGCUGAAGCUAUUACCACAGCUGAGGCAAUCAAAGAAGAUGGAAAUAUAUUAUCUGCGGAUAAAAUUUAUGAGAAGUUGGUGGAAUACAAAGUAAAGAAAAAUCCAUCAAAAAUGAUUGAACGAGCAGCAGGUACAAUGGCAGGUGUGUCUGACACUUCUCUUAAUGCGAAUCUUGAAAAAGUGAGAGCCUUGAAGGAAAAGAAUAACCAGCUGCGCCAACAGACAGUCUGUAAAAUUUGUAUGGACAAAGAAGUGGCUGUUGUCUUUCUGCCCUGCGGUCACUUUGUGUCCUGCACUGACUGCGCAUCAGCGAUGAAAGAUUGUCCCGUUUGCCGAAAUCACGUCAAGGGCAUAGUCAGAGCCUUCAUGGGCUAGACGAACCC